UCAUUUUUCAAAACUGUUUCUGAUGUCAUUGUCAGACUAGACUAUUUUUUUAAAUUAUUUUCAGCAGUUUUACAUUUUGAAUGGGUUUCUAAAGAAGAUCAUCAGCGGGUAAAGUUGUGUGUUAUGACAGAGGACAGAAAUUUCUCAAGAAGGAUGGCCUUAAAGAAGUUUAGCAAUACUCCUCCAUUCAAUAUGAAGGGUACUGAAUCUAAAGGAAAAUUCCAGAAGAGAACCUCCAUCCCUCCGAAAUGUGGUACUGAAUAUGACCAAUUUGUGAAAAUAAGUCUGUCUAUGAAUCCCAAAAGUACAACAAAGAACAAGAGUAUUUCAGCGCCAAAUACGAAAUGCAAAGGCCCUGAAGCCGUUAUGGCGAGUUUCAAAAAAAUCGAAGCUAAACACAAUCAAUCAGCACCAAUUGUUCAAAACCGUAAACCCGUAAAGUUGGGCAAAAACAUCCCAAAUCACACCAUAAUGAACACAUUGCUUGAAAAUUUGCUGGAUGACGAUGUUACUCAUAAUGAGUGUGGCGAUAACAAUAAUGAGAGAAAGAAUAAUGAAAUAACUCAAGAAAUUAAAAAGAUACCUCCUAUUACAAAGAAGCGUAGCCAAAACACCAUAAGCAACUCAAUGAAUAAAUACAUAACAAACAGUCAUGAAGUUCAAAUAAAGAACUGUGCGAAUAAUUGUACACAAAAGAAAAUUUUUCACAACGACUACCAGAAGCCAACUGAAUCAACUGCUGUUAAGAAAAUUGAUCAAAAAACCAGUACUACAGGUCUUCAUUGGGAGCCAGAAAAACCUGUUAGAAGAAAUUAUAAAAGGCCGAUACAAAACAUGCACCAGAUCAAUUCCCGCAAUUCACAAGGGAACAAUCAAAGUCAUUGCAGACGUAAUCAGGGAGAAAAGGAAAGACUUGGUCAUUUUACUUCUUGCAAUGCCCAGAGAUUGGCUUCUCAACAAGUGUCUUCCACAAAGCCGACAAAUAAAAAGAUUUAUCAAAUUGAACAGGAUCCCAUUAAAGCUUUGGAAUCGUAUUCACAGACUAGUAUAAUUCAAUAUGUCAAUCCAAAUAUUUACCACAGCCAAAGUUCAGAGUUUGAACUACCAACGAAGGAUAUUGACGCAAGACGAAAGAAAUCAAUGAAGAAAAUCCCUCCUAAGCCACCUCAGGUUAAACAUGAUGUUCAUAGAAAAACGUCUGAAGUAUGUUUAGCUGAAAAAGUAGAAGAAAUCAAAGCAAAGGAACUUGCAAAGAACAAAAGUUUUGUUAGAGGACAAAUAGAAAAAUACGCUAAUAGAUUUAGUCCAAAGAAACGAAAGGAGAAGCCGUCAAAUAAGUCUUCUCAGCUAACUAAGCAACAAAUUAACAAGAAUUUCGAUCAAAUGAUCAAAUGCAUUCAGCACAAGAUAGCCUCAAUGCCUCCACCUAAAAUCGAUAGACAGGAAACUGACUCUCAUGAAUGGUCAGAUAACGUUGAGGAGUGCAAUAUAACAUUUCCAAAGGAGACAAGAGAAGCUAUGAAUAGACUUAUAGAAAAAACCAAAAAUUCAGUGGAAAGUAAGAAAAAUAAUCAAGAAAUUAGUCAGCCACAAGAAAAAUAUCUAGGUAUGAAGACGAAUUGCAGGAAAUUGUCUGUUUUGCCAUGCCACAAGAAUUUAUUGAAUAGAAAGGCAAACCCUAUCGAAUGUAUACGAUAAAAACUUACACUUUUUUAUUUGAUAAUUUUUUAAUAUCAUUAUUAUACACUUAUCUAAAUUUUAAUAUACUAUACAUGUAGAAAUAUA